UGAGCUGCAUGAGUUAAGUGAAGUAAUUGCCGGUGUAUCAGGUUUUAUAAUUUAUAAUUUAUAUUUAGAAAGAUAUUUAAUUAAUAAAUAAAUAGUAUGGCAGCAUUUGAAGAAAUGGGUGUAUUAUCAGAAAUAGCACAAGCUAUUGAAGAAAUAGAUUGGAUGCUUCCAACGGAUGUGCAGGCAGAGGCUAUUCCUUUAAUUUUAGGUGGAGGUGAUAUAUUAAUGGCUGCAGAAACUGGAAGUGGAAAAACUGGAGCAUUUUGUUUACCAAUUUUGCAAAUUGUAUGGGAAACAUUAAAAGAUAUGGAAUCUGGAAAAACUAGCAAUUUUACAAAAGAACUGUCGCAUUCUACACAUUGGGGAUUGAGUCUAUUUGACAGAGGUCAUGCUUUAGCUGUGACACCAGAUGGUUUAAGAUGUCAGAGUCGUGAGCCAAAAGAAUGGCAUGGAUGCCGUGCCAAUAAAGGAGUACAAGGAGAUAGGAAAUUUUUUUUUGAAUGCAUACCUACAGAUGAGGGUUUAUGUCGUGUGGGAUGGUCUACUUCUCAGGCUUCUUUAGAUUUAGGAACAGAUAGAUUUGGUUAUGGCUUUGGAGGUACUGGUAAAAAGUCUAAUGCAAAGCAAUUCGAUAAUUAUGGUGAACCUUUUGGAAUGCAUUGUGUAAUUGGGUGUUUACUUGAUUUAUCAAAUGGCAUAAUAAGAUUCAUGAAAAAUGGUGUAGAUCUGGGUGUAGCUUUUACAUUGAAUUCUCAACAAAAAUCACAAAUUUUUUUCCCAGCUGUUGUACUGAAAAAUGCAGAAAUGUCAUUUAAUUUUGGUGCUCAACCAUUUAAGUAUUCUCCACCAAAUGGGUAUAUUGCUAUAUCUUCAGCUCCAAAAGAAUAUCUGAAACUUAAUCCUAUUAACAGUAGUCACAGUCAAAGCGUAGGAAGUAAUAAACCUAUAAACAAUGCACCACAGGCUAUAAUCAUUGAACCUUCUCGGGAAUUAGCUGAACAAACCUAUAAUCAGAUACAAAAAUUUAAAACACAUUUAAACAAUCCUACAGUUCGAGAAUUAUUAGUUAUUGGAGGAGUAAGCGUAAAGGAACAAAUUUCAAUGUUAAAUUCAGGUGUUGAUAUAGUAGUUGGCACACCUGGUCGUUUGGAAGAUCUAAUACAAGGAGGAUACAUGUCAUUGACACAUUGCAGAUUUUUUGUAUUGGAUGAAGCUGAUGGAUUAUUAAAACAAGGAUAUACAGAACUUGUUGAUCGUUUGCAUAGACAAAUUCCUAAGAUUACAUCAGAUGGAAAAAGAUUGCAGAUGAUUGUAUGUUCAGCAACUUUACAUUCAUUUGAAGUAAAAAAGAUGGCUGAACGUUUAAUGCAUUUUCCGACGUGGGUUGAUUUGAAGGGAGAGGAUGUAGUUCCUGAAACUGUUCAUCAUGUCGUAGUAAUAGUAGAUCCUCAGAAAGACAAAUUAUGGCAAAACUUAAGAAGAAAUAUUGAAACAGAUGGAGUGCAUAAUAGGGAUAAUAUAAAACCUGGGAAUAACACAGCUGAAGUAUUGUCAGAGGCUGUUAAAAUAUUAAAAGGAGAAUACUGUAUUCGUGCUAUAAGGGAACAUAAAAUGGAUAGAGCAUUACUUUUUUGCAGAACAAAACUUGACUGUGAUAAUUUGGAACGUUAUUUGAAGCAAGUAGGAGGAAGUGAAUUUUCAUGUGUUUGUUUACACGGUGAUAGAAAACCACAAGAGCGUAAAGCAAAUUUAGAGAAAUUUAAAAAAAGGGAAGUAAAGUUCUUAAUUUGUACUGAUGUAGCAGCAAGAGGUCUGGAUAUAACUGGUUUGCCAUUCAUGAUUAAUAUUACUUUGCCCGAUGAAAAAUCAAAUUACGUGCACAGAAUCGGAAGAGUCGGUAGAGCUGAACGAAUGGGGCUGGCUAUUUCUUUAGUUAGCAGUGUACCAGAGAAAGUAUGGUAUCACGGUGAAUGGUGUCAUUCUCGUGGUAGAAAUUGUCAUAAUACUAAUCUCACUGAUCAAGGUGGAUGUUGUAUUUGGUAUAAUGAACCUAGAUAUCUGGCAGACAUUGAAGAUCAUUUGAAUGUAACAAUUGAACAAGUUGGCUCAAAUAUAAAGGUUCCAAUAAAUGAAUUUGAUGGAAAAGUCAGUUAUGGUGAAAAAAGAGCAGUUAUGGGAACCAAUUAUGAGAAUCACGUACAUCAAAUGGCACCCAUCGUUGCUGAAUUGACUGCACUGGAAUCAAAAGCACAACUGAUAUAUCUAAAUAGACAUCUAAUAGUACACUAAAUUGAAAAUUAAAAUAUGCUUUGAUAGCUUACCUGUGCAUCUAAAUAUUUCAUUACAUCCUUGAAUUUAAUAUGUGGAAAAGUUGUAUUAUAUAAUGAAAAAUAUAACAACAUAUAACUCA